ACAGUAAUGAAUCGCCUCGAUCUGUAAAGCGGGUUAUGCCGAAACGCAAAUUCUGUCAAUUCGCUCUCUUCGCUUACGCUCUCAAUUAUGCAGGAAAAAAGGUUUUUGCAUUAUUCCAACGAACGGGUAAGUACAAUUAAUCGCGGAAUCGCUACUCUCACAAUAAUUUUCGAUGUAAUAAUUAGCGUUUCUAACGAAAAAUCGUUUAUACCACGCUCGUAAUUUUUUUUUUUUUUAUAAAUUCUAUUAUAGCACUGCGCUGCUGUUUUGUAAUUUAAAAAUGAAAUUGACAUAUCUAAAAUGGAAGAUAAACACAAGGAUAGACAAUGGUUGUAUUGUUAUACGCUCGUGCGGGUGUCUCGUGUGACGUAACUUGGAAAUAUUUUCAUUUGUUUAUAAUUGGUUUAGUUGGGAUUUUGCAAAAACAAUAUUCAGUUUUAAAACAUGAUUGCAAUGACAAUGUAACUAAAAAUGUAAAUAUGGAAUUAUUGAAGAAUAGCAAAAGUUGGUGGAAUCAACACUAUACUAAGGUUAUGGUGAAAAGUAUUGGAAUGUCUUUGUUUUUUGUGUAUGUCAUUUUUCCAAUAUGGUUCUACUUUUGUCCCUGGAUACGUCGGCAAGCAGUGUUUCUGAACAAUCUCAAUUGGCCACUCCAUAUUUAUUUAUCGGAUCCAAAAAAUUUUGAAUUAAACUGUACUAGACAAUUUUAUAUAGAAUCUGAACCAGGAAUUUACUUAGGAGUUUGGCAUGUGUUACCAAAGAGUGUUACUAUGAAAUGUAAUAAACCCAUCUCACCAGAUAAUGAAUUUGAUGAUGAUAGACCUGUUAUUCUUUAUUUUCAUGGAAAUGCACAAAAUAGAGGUGCAAAAUAUAGACUUUCAUUGUAUAAAGUUCUUACCGAAUCAAAGGUAGAUGCACAUGUAAUAACUUUUGAUUAUCGAGGAUACGGCGAUUCAUCGUUUGUAGCUCCAUCCGUCAGUGGACUCGUUCAAGAUGCAAGAGCAAUGUAUAAAUGGUUAAAAACUCAAGUAAAGAGACAUAGAAUAUUUUUUUGGGGCCAUUCUUUAGGUACUGGUGUAGUAAUACAACUUGCUGAAGAAUUAGGAAAAAAUAACGAUAAUCCAAUGGCUAUAUUUUUAGAAGCACCUUUUACAACAAUUGCCGAUGCUACGUAUACUUUUCCGCUUUCAUUUCUUCAUCGACAUAUGCCACUUUUUCAUGUGUACUGUUCUGAACCAACACGUCACAGUGAUACUAAUUUUGAUAGUGAAUCAAAGAUUGGCAGCGUAACUGUGCCUCUUCUAUUUCUUCAUGCAAGUGAUGAUAUGAUGGUAUUUUUAGAACUUGGACGUAAAUUAUUUAAGAAAGCAUUAGAAGAAAGGCCGUCACAUUUAAGACGUCCUGAAUUUAUAGAAUUUGAUUAUUCCCUAGGUUAUGGACAUAGAAAUAUCAAUCAGGAUCCAAAUCUUCCUGAUAUUGUAGUAAAUUUUAUGCAGUCAGUUUCCAUGAAAAGUCAUUUAUUGUGAUAUUUAAUGAUAUAGUCCUAUCAUUUAGUUUGUUUAUAACAAAACGUUUAAUGUAAUUAUUAUAUUCUAUGAUGCCAAUAUCAGUUUGUAAAUUUAAUAGGUAGACUUUAAUAAAAACACACCAAACUACAACUUAAUCCAUCAGAUUCUAAAGAUAAAACAUAACGAUGGCCUUUGAAUAAGGUUGAAAACGUUAGUUCAUCAUUAAAUUCUUGUUCUCUACUGGAUUAAGUUGUAAUUCAAUAGAUUUUAAUUUUUAGUUCUAUAUUGUUUACAAAUGUCAAAACAUUAGUAAUUAUUUAUAAAAAAAA